CAACUUCUCUCUCCCCAGCUUCAUUCCCACUGUCUAUUUCACAGCAGCUAAGAUGGUUGAGGCAUUCUGUGCUACCUGGAAGCUGACUGAAAGCCAGAAUUUUGAUGAGUACAUGAAGGCACUGGGAGUUGGCUUUGCUACUCGCCAAGUGGGGAAUGUUACCAAACCAACUGUCAUCAUCAGUCAGGAGGAAAACAAAGUGGUGAUUAGAACCCAGAGCACAUUCAAGAAUACAGAAAUCAGCUUCAAACUUGGUGAAGAAUUUGAUGAAACUACAGCAGAUGAUAGGAACUGCAAAUCUGUUGUGACCCUGGAUGGAGAUAAACUAGUUCAUGUACAAAAAUGGGAUGGAAAAGAAACAAAGUUUGUUAGAGAAAUUAAAGAUGGCAAAAUGGUCAUGACCCUCACCUUUGGCGAUAUUGUUGCUGUCCGCCACUAUGAAAAGGCAUAGAACUUGACAAUACCCUAUCUGGGUUUUUAAUUCUUCUGGAAGGAGUAAAGAGUUGUCUGCAGUUGACUAUCUCUGAAAUGAACAUUGCUUACAUGGAAGGAAAACAGCAUGAUAGUUUUAUGCCAUCAUAUUGGCAAACCUGUGUUUAUGUAAAUUGUGACAAGUAAAACUUUGCAAUAAAUCUCUGAAAUACU